GCAUCUCAGUGGCGCUCUCUAAAAAAAUUCAGACUUGUCGAAAUUUUUCCGCGAUCGUGCGAAGUGAACUUUUUCGGCAAGAGCGUGAAAUCAGUGAAACUGAAAAGAGGAUUCAAACUCAAGUGGAUGAGAUCGAAAAGCGAUGCGGAAAAAUCGAACCUCUUUGUCAUGACUGAGAACUUUUUACCAUCGGAAAUGACAAUCUAAAAGGAGUUUCCGGUAGUCGAGGAAGGAAGAAAGAAGACAGACGAAAGAAGUGACGGAGUGAAAAAUAAAAGUGUAAAGCUAAAGAUUUACUGGAGGAUAGUCCACGUGUUGGUUCCUUGGGGAGCGUGAAGGGUAGAGGCUCUUAAGGGCGAGUGGGGGGAUGCAGCACGAAGGGGUGGCGGCAUGGAGGAGCCCUCGCUGGAGGCUCUCCUGCAGGCGGGCUUCAUCUUCGUGGUCGGCGUUGCCAUCAUCCUCUCAAAUCUUCUCAUCAUCGCAACCUACCUCAACUUCCGCGGUCCCUCCGAGGUGAUAAAUUACUACCUGCUUUCAUUGGCAACAGCGGAUCUGCUUUGUGGUCUGCUAGUUGUGCCCCUAUCUGUGUAUCCUGCAUUGGUUCGAUCAUGGGUUUACGGAGACAUCGUCUGCCGAUUGGUCGGCUAUCUGGAGGUCACUAUUUGGUCGGUGUCCGUUUACACCUUCAUGUGGAUCUCUGUCGAUCGAUAUCUGGCUAUCCGGAAACCACUGAGAUACGAGACAGUGCAAACAAAGACACGAUGUCAGUGUUGGAUGGCCUUCACGUGGAUCAGUGUAGCAAUGAUGUGCUGCCCGCCAUUGCUCGGCUUCAACAAGCCGAUUUUCGAUGGCGAAGCCUUCAUCUGCAUGCUCGACUGGGGCAAUAUGGCCGCCUACACAAUCACCCUAUCUAUCCUCAUACUAGGCCCCUCGGUCAUCACCAUCGUCUACACCUACUUCUACAUUUUUUCAAUGAUGAGACGACUGAGAUCAGGUGUGCCGAUCCACGACAAAGAAUACGCCACAGCUCUCUCCGAAAAUCUAAGCAAUCCAAGUCACAUCAUGUCCUUUGUCUUGGUGAUGACCUUCUGGAUCGCCUGGGCUCCCUAUGCAGGACUCAGGAUCUACGCCGUUGUUAAUGGACCCCCACAAGUGCCAUUCCUGCAUUUUGCAGUGGUGUGGUUCGGAGUGACAAACAGCUUUUGGAAAGCAGUCGUCCUUGGGGCUCUGAGUCCCCAGUUUCGUCUCGCGGCACGUGUCCUUUGUUUGACCUUGUGCUGUAGACACAGAAGACUUCCACCAGAACUUCUCGGUCUUGAUGACGACGAUUAAGAAAUUUUGAAAUACGCGAUGCGCGCUAACUGCGCCGCAUUCUUAGAGCAUCGUCCUUUUUUUCUAUCGGUCAAACAAUCGCUUGCACUCCCUCGAGGUCGGCAGUCUUUUUUAAUCAUUUAAUUUGACUUUACCAAAUUUUUAAAAGGGAAAAGCCUUUUACAUAAUUUAUAUUUCGCCAUCGCUGUUUUUAUAUUAAAUCUAUUUGUUCAAAUGUGGUAUGAAAUAAAAAAGAAGUUCGUAUACAGUAGACUCUCACAAAGUGUCCGGUGGUCGAGACUAAGAUCCUCACUAAGUGCCCGAUUAUCUAAGCCACGCCCCUAGGUCUUGGUGGGAAAUAACUCUGAGACGCAUUGGAGGAUUACUUGAAUACCGCCCGCGCACGUGCAUCUAAUGCGCGUUCAGGGAGCUUACCAAAUUAGAGGUAGUGGAAGGGAGAGGCGCUUAGUGAGAAAAGGCGCUUCGUGAAAAAAGUACUUUAUGAGAGUCAAUUCAAUAUAGACAGUUAUUGAUGGAAUUGAUAAAUUAGAUCUUUGCUAGCUAAUCCGCUUUAAAUCUUCUUUUAUUCCUGCACAGUACUUAAUCUUUUUUAUUUAACAUUUUAACAACAGUAAUAAUAAUAAAGGAUAAAAACCCGAGGAUAAAGCAAAACUAUCUCGUCCUUGAAACAUCAAGGCAACAAAACUCAAGAUAAUCAACUCUAGACGCAGGACAAUUUCCAACUUGUCCACUUUUAUGUCUCAAAAGUGUCUAAAAUAAUCUCGCUUCGCUCAAUCUAGAUUCUGUUAAUUAGAGGUAAUUUUUCUUAAAGAAAAAUAUAACAAAACUAAAAAAACUGCGUUCGACAGCGAUGAAAAAAAAAUACAAAAUAACCGUUGCCUAUAAUAUCUACGUAAGAUCAAGCUCAAUAAAUGUCGUAGCUAAUUGCGCAGAGUUACUUAGGUCUGAAAUCAAUUUAAAAAGGGCGCAAAAGAGGGAGAGCAAGAAUUUUAAAAUCCUGAGAGAAUGUGUGAGAUGUAGAAUUAUUAGAGAGAAUAAAAGAGAGAGUGAGAGAGACAUAGAGAUAAAAUGAGAUCUAUAAUAACAAAACGAAUCUAGUCAAUUAAUGGAGAUGUCUCUGCGAAUGCGACGCGCCGAAGAUGCGAAUUAUCGCGGGAGUGCGCAUGCGUCGUAGAUCACUCGAAAAGUAGGAGCUACUCGCGGGAAAUUCAAAUAUUGAUUUUCUUUCGAACUCGUUUUUGUCUAUUCCUGAGGAUGCGAUUGGCUCUCUACAAAGGAAAAACGAAAUCUCCAAGAAAAUUGAAUACUAUUCAAACAAAUCUGUAUUUCUGUUUUGAAAUAAAUUCUAUAACAAAAAAGAGAAUUUAAAAAACCGCUGGAGAUUUCUAUCUAGCGCGGAUAAGAAAUGCAACUUCGACAUUCCAGUCGAUUAAAUAUGAUUAAUAUUAAUUGCAUUAUUAAUAUUAUUAAAUAAUUCAAUUUCAGUACAUUACAGUGCAAUGUGAAUGAAUCGAAGCCGCAAAAAAACCGCGAUAUAGAAAAACGCACUAUUCAAUCUCUACGUGUCAUAAAAUAAUUAAUAUUGGCAGUUUUACGCGUAGCGCAAUCAGCAGCUGUCGAAAGACCCAGCUACACUCUAACAUCUUCAAUUCAACUAAUUAGAGUAAUAUUUAAGUGUCCCAAAAAAUCAAAUGGGCAAUUUCACGGAUGUGGCACCCUCCGAUGAUCCAAUUUAUUUUUUAAUAAACAAUUCAAUAUAAAUUAUCUUUUUCAAUAUCAAUUUAUUAUCCAAUCUCUCAAUAUUUAGAAUUCAAUAGAACGAGCUUAUAAUGUCAAGCAGAGCUUGAAAAAAAUUCAUAUCCCGAGAAAAGGAAAAUUUUAGAGGAUAUAAUUUUGGUAGCCAAGGUGUCGUCCAUAAAUUACGUAAAUUCUCGCGAGUAGGGGCAGGUCAACAAUGAUAAGAUUUUUUUAAGUCUGCGAAACGCCGAUAAACUCUUUUCAGUAGAUAGCACAUUAAAUGUAAAGAAAAUUAU